AUGGCGACGUACGAUGGAGCAGGAAAACCCUCGGGAGCACAUCCUGAACAACAAAACAUUCAUGGAGCUCAGACUCUAUCAAACGCUUUGAUGUGGGUCCCAACUGAAAGGAAGACCAGCUACUUGGAAACAGUCUGGCAAAAGAAGAAUGAAUCCUUGAGAGAGUAUGUGGCCCGUUUUAACACGGAGGCCUUGCAGAUUCUAGAGUUGGAUGAGAGCCGAGCCGUAGAAGUCAUGCAGAAGGGGACCACAUCCCCUGAGUUCUUCGGGUCAUUGUGCAAAAAACCCCCAACCACCCUGGCAGAACUGAUGAAAAGAGCUAAGAAGUACAUAAGGCAGGAUGAUGCCUUAACAACCAGCAGGUUCGCUAGGGAGGCUAGGGACAGGGGAAGGGUCGUAGAAGAAAGAAGGCCGGAGAGACCAGAGAAACGACAAAAUAAGGGGCCUGAGGCAUAUAGGCAACCUUGGGAUAAGAGAGAACAGAGGGCAUACCAGCCCCGGAUCCCUGAGGCAGUCACUCCCCUCAAUGCAUCCAGAGCCAAAGUGCUCAUGGUAGUACAAGACAAGGACUUCCUCCAAUGGCCUAAGCCCAUGAAAGCCGAUGCUAGCCGGAGGGAUCCCAACAAUUACUGCCAAUACCACCGCACCCAUAGCCAUGAUACCAACAGUUGCUACCAGUUGAUCAGUGAAUUAGAGAGGUUGAUAAAGAGGGGGCAUCUCUGGAACUUCGUGAAGAAACCAGAAGGAGAGAGGCCCCAGCAGAAUGCUACAGCAGAGAGGCCCCGUAGACAGGGGGCAGGGCCCAUGAAUAACGGCUCCAGCGGAACCAUCAAUAUGAUUGUAGGAGGGACUGGAUGCCGAAUGAGCAGGAGAGGGAGGAAGAGAAGCCGAAGUGGGGAGGGGAGCAGCAGCAGCGAGGUCUUGCAAGUAGUAGAACACUCCCCAGCGACCAUCUCCCUCUCCCCUGAGGAUGCUCAUAGGAUUCAAAUGCCUCAUGAUGAUGCUCUUGUCAUCGAGGCCGUCAUUCAUAACUAUAGGGUACGCAAGAUCCUGGUCGAUGAUGGGAGCAAGGUGAACCUGCUGCCCUACAGGGUUUUCCAACAAAUGAGGAUACCAGAAGAAUAG